AUGUCGCUGGCGGUGGAAAACUACCUUACCUUGAAGGGGUGUUUGGGGAUUAUCGAGGGGACCGACGUCGAACCGUCUCGGGCCGAGGACAAGGCCAGGACUGUGCGAGCGGGGUCCGUCCCACCCACAGAGAAGAAGAUGGACGACGAUGCGAAGGGAGACUGGGAGGAAUGGCGGAAGCGGGAGGCCUGCGCCCAGGGGGUGAUCAAAUCGAGCGUAGAUGCUGGUUUCUUGGUGGAUAUCCGAGAUCUCUUCUCGGCGAAGGAUAUGUGUGGAUUAUCUGGCUGA